GCAGCACUGGAGCAAGAGCAAAAACUCAUCUCUACCAAUAUGAGCAACACAGACAUGAGCAUGAGGGGGAAGGUUAUCUUCUAUGAGGACAGGAACUUUCAGGGUCGCUACUAUGAGUGCAUGAGUGACUGUGCUGACAUGCAUUCCUACCUGAGCAGGUGUCACUCCUGUAGGGUGGAGAGUGGCUGCUUCAUGGCCUAUGACCGUCCCAACUUUAUGGGAAACCAGUAUUUUUUCAGGAGGGGUGAGUAUUCUGAUUACAUGAGCAUGAUGGGCAUGAGGGACUCCAUCAGGUCUUGCCGCAUGAUCCCAAUGUACAGAGGAUCCUACAGAAUGAGAAUCUAUGAGAGGGAGAACUUUGGUGGUCAGAUGUAUGAAAUGAUGGACGACUGUGACCACAUCAUGGAUCGCUACAGAAUGUCUGAUUGCAUGUCCUGCCAUGUGAUGGACGGCUACUGGCUGAUGUACGAGCAGCCCCACUACAAAGGCAGGAUGAUGUACAUGAGGCCCGGAGAGUACAGAAGCUUCAGGGACAUGGGAUUUGGAGGCAUGAGGUUCAUGAGCAUGAGAAGAAUUAUGGAUACUUGGUAUUAAAGGAUUAAUGUACAAUAUUGCGCAAUAAAUAAAUCUGAAUGCACUUUG